GGCUGGUGGAGUUGCUGGCGUCUGUGUUGACUUGAUCCUUUUUCCCCUGGAUACUGUAAAAACCAGACUGCAGAGUCCCCAAGGAUUUAGGAAGGCUGGUGGCUUUCGUGGCAUCUAUGCUGGUGUUCCUUCCACUGCUAUAGGAUCCUUUCCAAAUGCUGCUGCAUUUUUUAUCACCUAUGAGAAUGUGAAAUCUGUGCUGCACCAUGGCUCUGCACCGUACUUGACUCCAGCCGCGCACAUGGUGGCUGCCUCCCUUGGGGAAGUGGUUGCAUGCCUCAUACGGGUUCCAUCUGAGGUUGUCAAGCAAAGGGCCCAGGUUUCUCCUUCCUCCAGUACUCUUCGGAUUCUCUCCCACACCUUGUAUCAUGAGGGUAUUCAAGGACUUUAUCGGGGUUAUAAAAGCACAGUAUUAAGAGAGAUUCCUUUCUCACUGGUACAAUUUCCCCUCUGGGAGUCCUUAAAGGAUCUCUGGUCAUGGAAGCAGGGUCACGUGGUGGAUUCUUGGCAGUCAGCAGUCUGCGGAGCUUUUGCAGGUGGAUUUGCAGCUGCAGUCACCACACCUCUGGAUGUAGCGAAGACUAGGAUUAUGUUGGCAAAGGCUGGUUCCAGCAACGCUAGUGGGAAUGUUCUGGCUGCCCUCGGUGGCAUCUGGAGGACACAAGGCCUGUCAGGCUUGUUCGCAGGUGUUGUCCCGCGGAUGGCAGCCAUCAGCCUGGGAGGCUUCAUCUUCCUGGGGACAUAUGAGAAGACUCGCCAGCUGCUGCUCUGACCCAGCCCAGCCGGUCCUGCCAGUGGCCACCCAAGAAGCCGGCGAGCUGGAGGAGGAGUCCACCCGUGAACGCAGCCUUCCUCCUGCUGCCCCUGUGCCGGAGCAGCUGUUCAGCAGCCUGAGCACCACUUUCACUGUUAAAGAAAAGUAAAUCCUCCAAUAAUCCAGUUUCCCAAACAUGAAAUUUUCCUGCAUGGAAAGCGAGUGAGGUCACUGCGGAAGUCGUGCCAAAGAAGUGAUGUUUGGGGGGUAAACAGCUAAUGGCGGGGGCUGAGAAAGGCGCCAUUAGAACUCCUGCGGGGAAUGGUUUGCAAACCUCCGGGUGGUGGGCUGGGCGGGGAGGCUGGAAUAAAGCGAGUUUUCAU